AUGACCCGGUCCGUGUUGAAGAACGUCAGCGACAAUGGAUGGGUAGUCCAGAAGUUUGGCGGAACGAGCGUCGGCAAGUUCCCAGACAAGAGGCUACGAAAUAUCGAUGCCGCAAGCGGUGUGGAGGACACCCAGAAUGAGCUUGUAGAGGAGGCUAAGAGCAUCAUCCAAGACAUCUGCAACGACCACCUCUUCGCCGUGCAGUCCUUCAUAAGAGACGCCGAUCUGCAAAAGGCUCUAUCCGACGACAUACAAAAUGAGUGCCAGGAGCUCAUCGAGUACAUUGUGGCGGCCAGGCGUUUCAACCUCGAGGUCAACUCGAGAUCAAAAGACAGAGUUGUGAGCUUUGGCGAGAAGCUGAGCUGCAGGUUUAUGGCAUAUAUGCUUAAGGACAGGCAUGUCGAGGCGGAGUAUGUUGAUCUUGCGGACCUCAUCCAUUAUGACAAUUCGGCCCGGUUGGAUGUCACCUUCUAUAAGGAGGCUGUAGCUGUGAUCAAGAAGAAGGUCCUGGCUUGCGGGGAGCGGGUACCCGUCAUCACUGGGUUCUUCGGCAACGUCCCUGGCAGUCUUAUUGAUGGAGAUAUUGGUCGCGGCUAUACUGAUCUCUGCGCCGCCCUGGUAGCUGUUGGAACAAAGGCAAACGAGCUUCAGAUCUGGAAGGAGGUGGAUGGUAUCUUCACGGCCGAUCCGACAAAGGUCCCUACCGCGAGGCUUCUGUCUUCCAUCACUCCGUCAGAAGCGGCCGAGCUGACAUUUUACGGAUCGGAGGUCAUACACCACUUGACGAUGGACCAGGUGAUCAAGGCGGAGCCGCCCAUCCCAGUGCGCAUCAAGAAUGUCAAGAACCCAAGGGGCGAGGGAACGAUAGUAAUCCCUGACCCCGUCUUAUCUCCUGCGCAACAACUCAGGCGGUCGCGGCCUUCAGAAGCGGACCUGAGGAAAACGCCCAAGCGACCUACGGCGGUGACGAUCAAAGACAAGAUUUCCGUCAUCAACGUUCACUCAAAUAAGCGGUCCAUCGCCCAUGGCUUCUUUGCCAGGGUAUUCUCGAUCCUCGACAAGUAUCAGAUCUCAGUCGAUUUGAUCUCCACCAGCGAGGUCCACGUGUCCAUGGCCAUCCAGCUGACAGAUUCGGAUGCGAGCAACUUCGAGAAGGCCAAGGUAGAGCUGGAGCAGUACGGCGACGUCAGCGUUCUUCACGACAUGGCUAUCCUCAGUCUCGUUGGUGCGGACAUGAAGAACAUGAUCGGUAUUGCGGGCAAGAUGUUCUCCACUCUCGGCGAGCACAAUGUAAAUAUUGAGAUGAUCUCACAAGGUGCGAGUGAGAUCAACAUAUCCUGUGUCAUCGAUGCGAGAGACGCAACGCGAGCAAUGAACGUGCUUCACACCAACCUGUUCACGUUUCUGGAAUAG